AUGAGCAACCCUCCCUUCCGCUGCUUGAGAGAUCUCUCCAAUCAGCACGGCCCCUUGAUGCACCUCAAGCUCGGGGAGCGCAGCGCUAUCAUCGUCUCGUCGCCAGAGCUCGCGAAACAAAUGCUAAAAGAUCUCGACCCGCGCUUCGCCCAGCUGCCCGAGUAUUUAGCCAGCAAGAUCCUGUGGUACGCGGGCAGCGACAUCGGCUUCAGCCCCUACGGCGAGUACUGGCGCCAGAUGAGGAAGUUCUGCGUCAACGAGCUUCUCAGCACUAAAAUGGUGCGACUCUUCCAAUCGAUCCGGGAAGACGAGUCAGCUCGGCUGGUCGAAUACUUGCGCGAAUCUUCUGGAAGCUCCGUGAAUUUCACGGAGAAGCUCUUCUCCUUGUCGAGCUCCAUCACCUUCCGCGCUGCCUUUGGCGCGGCGUGCAAGGAUAAUGAGGCGUUGCGGAAGUUGAUUGAGCACACGAUGGAGAUGGUCGGAGGGUUUGAGAUGCUGGAUCUGUUCCCCUCGUCGAGACUCGUCGCCGCGCUGAGCUGGAGGAGGAUGCGCCUCCUCAAGACGAUGCGGCGCGAGCUCGACGUGAUCAUGGAUGAUAUUAUCGACCGGCAUCGGAGAAAUCGCGGCCGGAAUUCGGAGUUUGGGGGUGAGGAUUUGGUUGAUGUGAUUCUUAGGGCUCAGGAGGAAGAGCUGCUCCAGUUUCCAAUUGAUAACAAUAACAUCAAGGCGGUCUUGUAUGUAAGUAUAUAUCUCUUCUCUUCAAAUAUGUAA